AUGGGUGAUAUUCAAAAUACAGAUAAUAUAGAAUCAAAUAUAGAUAAUAAUAAUAAUAAUAAUGUUUCAUUAGAAUCAUCAUCAUCAUCACAAAAUAAUAAUACAAAUACAACUACAACUACAACUACAACAUCAGUUGAUAAUUUACAAGUUGGAGUAUUAUCAAUUAGUGAUCAAUCAACACCAACAAUUGAAACACCAAAUCAACAACAACAACAACAACAAGAUGAUAAUAAUAGAGGUGUAUCAAAUGAAACAAUUAAAGCAUCAUUAGAUGGAUUAAAACAUAAUUCAUUAAAAACAACAUUUCCAAAUUCAACAAAUCAUCAAUAUAUUGAUGUUAAUACGCAAUGGAUAACAAAUAAAUUAAAAGAGAGAGAAUCUGAAUUUACAGAGAAAAGAGGUAUGAGUAUAUUUUUAGGUACAUGGAAUGUAAAUGGUAAAAAACCAUCGGAAUCAUUAGAUCCAUGGUUAAAAGAUCCAUCAAUGUCAUUACAACCCGACAUUUAUGCAAUUGGAUUUCAAGAAUUAGAUUUAACAGCAGAGGCAUUGCUAUUGGGUGACACAACCAGAUCAUUACCAUGGGAACAACACAUUUUAAAUACAUUACAAGGUGACUAUGUUAAACUAUUAAGUAAACAAUUGGUUGGUAUAUUAUUAUGUGUUUACGUUAAAAAAGAACAUAAACCACAUAUUGCAAAUGUUCAAUCCGAUAUUGCAGCCGUUGGUAUAAUGGGUAUGAUGGGUAAUAAAGGUGGUGUUGCAAUUAGAUUUUCAUUUUAUAAUACAACCAUCUGUAUUUUAAAUUCUCAUUUAAAUGCUCAUAUGGAUAAUGUUUUACGUCGUAAUCAAGAUAUGAAAGAUAUUUCAAAAAAUAUUAAAUUUAUAAAUGAAUCUUCAACUGAUCAUUCAACUAUAAAUAUUUUUGAUCAUGAUCAAUUAUUUUGGAUUGGUGAUUUAAAUUAUAGAAUACCAUUACCAGAUAAUGAAGUUAAAGAAAAAAUUAAAAAAAAAGAUUUUUAUAAUUUAUUUUUAGUUGAUCAAUUAAAUCAACAAAUGAAAGCUGGAGCAGUAUUUGAAGGAUUUCAAGAACCACCAAUUAGUUUUGCACCAACUUAUAAAUAUGAUGCAGGUACAGAAGAAUAUGAUAGUAGUGAAAAGAAGAGAACACCAGCAUGGUGUGAUCGUAUACUUUGGAAAACUCAUAAAAAAGCUGAAAAUGUUGGUAUUUUAUCAUACAAGAGAGCAGAGUUAAUUUCAUCAGAUCAUAGACCAGUUAGUGCAUCAUUUGUAAUUAAAAUUAAAGUUGUAAUUCCAGAUUCAAAAAAUCGUAUCUAUCAAGAGAUUGUUAAAGAAUUGGAUAAAAAAGAGAAUGAUAGUAUGCCAGAUGCAAAUAUCUCUACGAAUAUGGUAGAUUUUGAAACUAUUAAAUUUAUGCAACCAAUUUCAAAACAAUUAAUAUUUGAAAAUAUUGGUCAAGUUAUUGCACGUUUUCAAUUUAUACCAAAGCUAGAUGAAACAAUACUUUGUAAACCUUGGUUAAAAAUUUCACCAUUAGCUGGUAUGAUGAUACCAAAAGAAAAAGUUACAAUUGAUUUAACAAUUUAUGUUGAUAAUUUAACAUCUGGUUUAUUUAAUAUUAAUAAUAAUUCAACAAAUUCAACAAAUGAAUCAAUGGAUGAUAUUUUAAUUUUACAUUUAGAAAAUGGUAAAGAUUAUUUUAUUUCAAUUUCAGGUAAAUUUCAAAAAACUUGUUUUGGUAAUACAUUGGAUAAUUUAGUUAGAUAUCCACAUCCAAUUCGUAAUAAUUUACCAAUACCACCUGAACAAAAGAAAUUAUCAAUUCCAAAAGAAUUGUGGAGAAUAAUUGAUUAUAUUUAUUAUAAUGGUUUAAAAGAGGAGGGAUUAUUUAUAAAGAGUGGUGUAACCAAAGAAAUGGAAUUGAUUCGUGAUUGUUUAGAUACCGCUGAACCAUUCUCUUCAAUAAGUUUUUCAAUUCAUUCAAUGGCUGAAACUUUAAUUAGAUUUUUAGAAUCAUUAGUUGAACCUGUUAUACCAUUCAAUAUGUAUCAACAGGCGUUGGAUGCUUCCUCUUCACCAUUGUCUUGUAAAACUUUGGUUUCACAUUUACCUUCGGUAAAUUAUAAUGUAUUCUUUUAUUUAAUCUCUUUUUUAAUUGAAACUUUAUCAAAUCAAAAAGAAAAUGAUUUAAAACCUGAUCAAUUGGCUAUCAUUUUUUCAACUGUUUUAUUACGUCCUUCACCACAAUCACAAUUAUCACAAUUCCCUCCUGAUGCUACAACUGUUAAAAAGAAAGCUGAUUUAAUUUUACAUUUUUUAAUUUCAAAAGAUUUAAUUAAUUAA